AGGCAAAUUUCCGGAUAUUGAAACUUAAUGUUAUUCAUUAAACUGAAUAACAUUGCUUGGUUAUUUUAUCGAUUGCGGGUUGUAAUAGAAGUCAAUGCCUCGGCCCGACUAUACAUGUGACUGCAAGAAUCACCUUUACCCGGACUAUGAUGUUAAAAUUCGUUCAACCAGACCUUUCCACGACCGAAGGCUGUUCAUGAAUGAGUUUGAGUCCCGCCCACUGCUGACUCACGAGUUUUAUGGAGUUGAAAAUCGACCGCUCAAUAUCGGAAUGCGCGUUUUUGUUCCAGUAAGAUGCAGAACUGAGAAGUGCAAGAAACUUGGAAAGAAAGGUACAUUGGCACUUGUUGCUGGAACCAAACACUGUACUGUGAUCUCGGGAGAAGGUCGAUUUCAUCUCCACUGCGCUUCGUUUAAGUGUUCCCGUUGUGAUGGCGUAAUGAACGCGGAACUUGAGGACUAUAUUGGCUCGGGAUAUUGGCCUGGAAAUCCCAAAACACUUGGAAUUUUCUUUACGACUUCAUUGCUAAAGCUGUAUUUCCAUCUCAAGAAUUACCUACCAGGUUCCUCUGAAUAUUUGAAUCUGUUACAAUAUGGCCUUCUAAAGGCAUUGGGUGCAUUUUCAGCUGAUGCAGGACGGGAAAACACCAUCUCCAAUGCAUUUUCGAGAGCCAGCAGGAUGAUACUGUACUAUUAUGUCACUCAUCUUGCAGACAGGGAUAUCAAACAGCAACGAAAGCUAUCGUGCAGAGCAUGCUCCAACAAGUGUUGCGCUGUCCAUAUUGAUGGAAAUCACAAACUCGUCAGACGCAAAUCAAAAUUGAAGUUUGUUUGAAUUGGACCUGACUUACUGCUAUCUUUUAAUUAAUUACUUUUGAAUGGGAUUGGCAACGCAUCGAGCACAUGGAACAGCAGAAGCAAUCGAAAUAAGAAAUGUUGCAAUUUCUUGAAUCAUAGAAGACCGACAUUGCUGCUCUAAAAAAGCAUAUUGCCAUGAAAAAAGAAAAAGCACGUUCAUCUACGACAAGGGUGAAAUCAUCAUGAUGUCCCACAAGGUAUGCCGGUUGAAACGGCUCCAUGCGGGUGCUUCAUCCUUUGAACGGUAUUACCAAGAUGAGGAAGUCCAGGUCGGCGAUGGUACGCUAUUCACUGAAGCCGUCGAGUCCGAAAAUGAUUCAGACGACGAAGAUGUGACCGACGAAGAUGUGACUGACGAUGAAGUGACUUUCGAAGAUUAGCUUAGCCCUACAAGCCGUAAUAUUAAUUCUCUUCCUCUGCAUCAAGCAUCCAUCAGCCUAGUCUAGAUACUUAAUAAGGUCUUUUCAUGUAUUUGAAUAUUGGUGAAGUAGUAGUGGUUUCUCGCUAAAAAACCUGUAUCCAACA